AUGCAAAAGGUCAUCCAACGGACGGCCACGGCCAGGAAGCAGGCCCAGAAGAAAAUCUUCCGGGCCUCACGACGAGACCAAUUGGCGGACCGCAAAGACAACAUCCGCGUGCGAAGGGACUACAACAAGGCGAUGAUCGAUAGCAUCAACGCCGCCCGGACUGCUCGCUGGGAGGACUGGCAGAAGGGUGCUAUUGCCCCGAAGCGAGACUCGGGCCCCGAGGCGCACACCUUUGGUGCCGUGGACUCUGCGUUGAUUCACCCCCCGGCCAUCCCCAAGGGCCAACGCCGCAAGCACAUUCUUUUUGCCGCGGGAGACCGAGUCUGCGUGGUUCGGGGCCGGGAGGCUGGGAAGAUCAAUGAAAUCACCCAGGUUAAUGAGGAGAGUGAGACUGUUUUGAUCAAGGAUGUUAACACGGUCGACAUCAAAGUCCCCGAAUGGGCCAAACACUCGAUGGGAAUCAAGACCGACGUCCUCGCACAAACGCUGCCGAUACCCAUGGACGACAUUCGUCAUGUCAUUGCCUUGAGCCAAGAGUCCGAAAAUGGAAUCUCAACCACACGCGACCACAUUGUUCAACACGCCUACGCUGGGUAUCCUCACGUCGAGCGACCCGCUUGGAGCAAACUUCCGCGCUUCACUCGCUAUAUCUCCGGUAUUGACGUCGAGAUCCCCUGGCCCACCGAGUCGGCGCCAGAAGUGAAGGACGGCGAAUAUGAUACAUUGCGAUACGAAGUCGACCAAGAGACCUGGGUUCCGUCGUUGGAUAACGCGCCUUUCCCAUCCAGUGUCCUGGACGAACUCCGAAACAAGUACUCUCGAUUCCGUACACGCCACGACCCUGAGUAUGUGAAGGAGAAGGUCAUGGAGGAAUACCGCCAGCAAUAUCUGGCCAGCCAGUCCCUGCUGACUCCACCUGGGGAGCGCAAGGAGUUUGCGAUCGCGAAGAGCAAGGCCGCGAAGCAGGAGAAGAUGGAUGCCAAUGGCAACAUGCUUAUGGACGAUGAGACGCGCACCUUCAUCAACCGGUUUAUGCAGACUAGCCUGGGCGAGCAACCGCGAAAAGCUGGCAAGGCCAAGAAAGCGGCGGGCAAAGCUCCGCAGACCGCUUGA